AUUCUUUUUUCGAGUAAUUUUGUCGGCAGAGGGCACCGGCGGACGUUUGUUUACGUUUGGAAUGGAAGAGAAGAAAAAUGGCGACGAUCUACGUAUCGGUACGAAUCGACCAAACGAAACAGAUCGCCGAACGGCAUAAACUAUCGGGCGUUAAUUUAGAAGGACAAGUGGAAACGGUAAAGAAGGAAAUCAGCCAGAAAUUAAAUCUCCCGUUAGACGAUUUAGAGUUGGUUUGUCUGGGAAAAUGUCUGAAACCCGAAGACACGUUAGAAUCUUACGGUAUCAAACACGGAAUGACCAUUCACGUUCUGCCCAAACAACACUCGGAACCGGCACCCAAGUCUUCAGGACUGAGUCAAGAGGAAAUUCAGCAAUUAGUUAUUGCGUUGAGAACGGCAUUGAUGAAUCCGGCAUUUCGAACAAUGAUCCAACAACUUAGUAAACCCGAAGUAAUGGAAAACAUUAUUGCAGCUACACCAGGAUUAGCUGAUGAUCCGAUUGCUAUAGGACUGAGUCAAGAGGAAAUUCAGCAAUUAGUUAUUGCGUUGAGAACGGCAUUGAUGAAUCCGGCAUUUCGAACAAUGAUCCAACAACUUAGUAAACCCGAAGUAAUGGAAAACAUUAUUGCAGCUACACCAGGAUUAGCUGAUGAUCCGAUUGCUAUAGUUCUCUUCAGAGUUGUUGAACUACACCCUUCAUUAGCUGAAGCUGCUACUCAUAUUGCAGCUGCGUUUCAUGAAGAAGCAUCUUCGUCGCAAGGAGCUACAAAUGCAGCCCCCAUGAUCUCUUAUUCUCUCGAUGCUUUGAGUGAUGAAGAUGAAAUGGAGAGUGAUCAGGAUCAAGCUAUGGGUAGCCAGAUGUUAUCUCCGGGUCCCAUUACUCCGGCACAGUUAGCCUCCGCACUAGCGGCAGUCGCCGCCACCCCGGGUAGCCCCAGGACGACAGAUAAUUCUCAACAAGACGGACAGUCUUCCUCUUCCCAUCUUCAGGCACCUCCUUCUCCUCAGUUACACGCACCUCCUCCCACACCGAGAGGCAUGAUCACUUCUGAAAUGUUCAACCAAGCCAUGCAGCACGCUUUGGGGGUGGUUACUCAAGGACAAAGCAGUCUCCAGUCUCAGUUGCAGCAAUUGAGAGACAUGGGAAUUUCCGACGACUCGAUCAGUCUCAGAGCCCUAGAAGCCACCGGCGGAGACGUUCACGCGGCUCUGGAACUCAUAUUCGGAGAUCUCGGAGAAAGAAACGUCCCAGAAGAAAUGUAAAUCGUUAACCUCUAGUAAAAAGUCAUAGCCAAAGUAUAAACUUACAUCAGUAGCCAAAUAAUCUCAUAGAAUGCAAAAUAACAAAUUAUUUAUAGUUAUUACUUUAAAAUUAUCCUGAUUUAAACAUUGUAUAAACAUUUUUUUUUAAUUGUAUGUACAAUAUAACUACAAAAGUCAGAGAAAAUUAAUU